GGAGACGAGAACUUCAGGAAAUACAGAAGCGACGAAAGAGGAAUGGCUUCUUCGCCGUUGGCUAGGGUUUGCCAAUUUUGAGUUGUAGAGCAGUUCCCAGCCGGCCGCCUCUGACUGUUAGUACUCGAAGUUCUGUGAUUCCAAAAACAUCAGCAACUGCUAGAGGAUUCUGAAACCGGGAAAUUUGGAAGUUUAGGGUUUUUGGGUCCUUUAUGAGAGGGGAAAAUUUUUGAUACUUUAGCUUGUUUAGAAAGAAAGAGUUUUUUUGUCCGUGAUUCACUUAAUUCUUUCUUUACGGGAGGUUUAGGAGGUUGGGAUGGUCUGUUCGUAGAGUAAUAAGGUAUAUCAAAGUGUUUGGCAUUUGACCCCAUAGACUAUUAAAGGGUUUGAGGCUUUUGAUGGAUUCACCUGAGCGUGGUCGGAGUUAUGCUAGACGGGAUAGGGAUGAUAGUUCAGAUGUGAAAAGUGAUAGGGCUGGGGAUGAUGAAGAAUGGGAAGGAAGUGAUAAGAGGAAGCAUAGGUCAAGCAAGUCUAAAAGGCCUAGCAAUGGAGAAGAGGCUGAAGGGUUAGAUGGCAGUGGAAGACGGAGAGGUUCUGGGGACAGGAAUGAGAGCCGUAAGAGGUCAACUGGGUCUAGCAGAGUAGACAGUGAUGAAGAUGAUUAUGACACGAGAAAGGAGUUGCGUUCGAAGCAGAUGAAAAAAAAGCAAGAGGAGAGUUCCUUAGAAAAAUUGAGCAGUUGGUAUGAGGAUGGAGAUAUUGAAAACAGGCAAGAAGGUGGAGAUAAAACAGGAAGUAAAGGGCAUGGUCGGGCUGAUGAAAGCGAGAGAAGGAAAAUGACUUCGAAAUUUCCAGAGCAUGAAAGCUCUCGUGGAAGUAAAAGCAAAGAAGAAAGGUCCCAUGAUGGGGAGCUUGAAAAGUCAUCAGAGAGAGAGUCCAGGUACUCAGAAAGGAGAGAAAGCAGCCGUGACAAGGGUCAUGGGUCUUCUGAAUCAGCAAGAAACUCGAGAAGAAGGUGGGAUGAAUCUGAUGCCACAAAGAAAGCUGAAGACAAUCAUUAUGAAAGGGCCGACCAGAGAAGUGGAAAGGCGUCUGAUUUUAAGUAUGAGAGUGGUAGAGAGAGAAGUACAUCUGCAAGAAAUGAACCCAGUGAGAGUAAAAGCAGGGGGCUGGAGUCAAAUAUUGAUACGGCUAUCAAAUCCAGCAGUAGAGAAGAGAGAAGGGUUGAUUCUGAGAAGAGUAAGAGCAAAGGCCGGUCAGAAGAUUUUGAAGAAGAUAAUAUGAGUAGUCCAGUUAAUCGUGAGGAAAGAACAGGCAGGGAGAAAAUUGAGAAGCAUAGACAGCAUAGAACUCCCGCUGUUCGUGAUGUUGCUGACAGCCAGGAAAGGACUUCCAAUUUAGAUGACACAGGUACAUGGACGAGGGAUAAAAGUGCAAGAGAAGAAAGGCACACAGACAGGUCAAGGACCCCAGAAAGGAGCCUUGAUGUCACUCAGAAAGAACUAGAAAAGGAUGGCCACAGGGAUGAAAGAUUGAAAAGCAGAGAGGAUAGCUGGAAUGACAGGGUUAGGGAUCGGGAAGGCUCUAAAGAAAACUGGAAAAGGAGGCAACUGAGCAAUAAUGAUAAAGAGUCAAAAGAUGCAGAGAUCAUUUAUGAUCGUGGCAGAGACUGGGAGUUGCCGAGGCAUGGCCGUGAAAGGAAUGACAAUGAAAGACCUCAUGGUCGGUCAGGUGGUAGGAAAGAUGGGAGCAGAGGUGAAGCUGUGAAAACAUCGUCAAAAUUUGGAAUUUCCAAUGAGAAUUAUGACGUGAUUGAGAUCCAAACCAAGCCUCUUGAUUAUGGAAGAGCGGAAUCUGGUUCCAACUUUUCUAGGAGAACUGAAGUUGGUCAGCAAUCAGAGAAGUUGGCUCCAAAUGAGGAAGAAAGGGUAAACAUGCGAGAAGAUAGAGCAAGAAGAACUGAAACAUAUGGUUCUGGUGAAGAUUCAAGGGACAAAUAUAUGGAAGAUGGCACUUCAAUCCGGGAUCCAACCUCUUUUAGUGAUGAAUUUGAUAAUGGUGGAGGGAAAGGAAGGGGGCAGAAAAUUGUUAUGCCAGGCCGAGGUGCUGGUGGGCAAAACUCUGCUGGUGCUUCUCAGCCUCCUUAUGGAAACCAGGAUCCAGGAGCUUUUGGCAGAUUUCCCCUACAGGGUGUGAAAGCGAGUAGGACAGGAAGAGGAGGAAGGAGCAGACCUAGUGGGAGAGACAACCAACAGGUUGCUAUCCCAGUCCCUAUGAUUGGAUCACCUUUUCCACAUCUUGGAAUGCCACCACCUGGACCAAUGCAGCCACUCAACCCUAGUAUGUCACCUGCUCCUGGUCCUCCAAUCUCUCCAGGUGUCUUCAUUCCACCAUUUUCUCCUUCUGUUGUUUGGCCUGGGCCUCGAGGUGUUGAUAUGAAUAUGAUGGGUGUUCCACCUGGGUUAUCUCCUGUUCCUCCUGGGCCAUCUGGCCCAAGGUUUCCUUCUAAUAUGGGAACUCCACCAAACCCUGGUAUGUACUUCAACCAAACAGGUCCUGGAAGAGGACCUCCAAACAUAUCUGGGACUGGUUUUAAUGCUGCAGGGCCUAUGGGACGGGGAGCACCACCUGAAAAGUCACCGGGUGGUUGGACUCCUUCAAGGACAGGUGGACCUUCUGGUAGAGCUCCUUCCAGAGGAGAGCAAAAUGAUUACUCGCAAAAUUUUGUAGACACUGGCAUGCGACCCCAGAAUUUCAUCCGAGAAUUGGAGCUUACAAAUGUUGUGGAGGACUACCCCAAGCUUAGGGAGCUUAUACAGAAAAAAGAUGAAAUUGUUGCUAAAGCUGCUUCUCCUGCCAUGUAUUUCAAAUGCGAUCUUCAUGAGUUUGAACUAUCUCCAGAAUUCUUUGGGACCAAGUUUGAUGUUAUUCUUGUAGACCCACCCUGGGAGGAGUAUGUUCAUCGGGCUCCUGGUGUUGCUGAUCAUAUUGAGUACUGGACAUUUGAAGAGAUAAUGAAUCUCAAGAUUGAGGCAAUAGCAGAUACACCUUCUUUUAUCUUCCUUUGGGUGGGUGAUGGUGUGGGCCUUGAGCAAGGCCGCCAAUGCUUAAAGAAGUGGGGAUUCCGAAGAUGUGAGGAUAUAUGUUGGGUGAAGACAAACAAAAAUAAUGCAACUCCAGGGUUAAGACAUGAUUCUCAUACUAUAUUUCAGCACUCAAAGGAACACUGCUUGAUGGGUAUAAAAGGAACUGUUCGUCGUAGUACUGAUGGCCAUAUAAUUCAUGCCAACAUUGACACUGAUGUUAUUAUUGCAGAGGAACCUGCUUAUGGUUCAACUCAAAAGCCUGAAGAUAUGUAUCGUAUAAUUGAGCAUUUUGCCCUUGGCCGUAGAAGGCUUGAGCUCUUUGGUGAGGACCACAAUAUUCGAUCUGGUUGGCUCACAGUUGGUCAAGGACUAUCCUCGUCCAAUUUUAAUGCUGAGGCAUAUGUCCGAAACUUUGCUGACAAGGAUGGGAAGGUUUGGCAAGGUGGGGGAGGACGAAAUCCACCUCCGGAUGCACCUCAUCUAGUGAAGACCACCCCUGAAAUAGAAUCUCUGCGUCCCAAGUCACCUAUAAAGAACCAGCAGCAGAUGCAACAACAGCAAUCAGCUCCUCUCUCUCUGACAACAGCCAACACCUCCAACAGAAGGCACGCUGGAAAUUCACCGCAGAAUGCAGGUGUCCAUGGCUUGAAUCAAGAAGGCAGAAACCUGCCUCCAGAAGAGAGAGUGUUUGAUAUGUAUGGGUAUGCUGGCCAGCCAAACGGAGAGUUCCUAGAUUUUGAACCUCACAGAUCAUUGAAUUUGUUGUAAUACAAUCCAUAAAAUUCUUGUCCUGCAAUUUUGUAAAUUAUUUUUUUAUUAUAACCAAAAUGACGUUGCAUAUUUAAUUCUGC